UUGCGGAUAUAGAUGGCGUCCUGUGGUCAAUUUUAUAUGAUGUAAAGAUGGAAGUGUUUCUUUAUAACUCUACAGUUUGUAGAUUAUGUGGCGAAGAAAAUGAUAAUGGAACAUUACUAUAUUCAUGUGAAGAAAAUAAUCAAAGCUUAUGUGAAAUAAUUAAUACCUAUUUGCCAAUAAAGGUAUCUGAUGAUGGAGAACUACCACGGACUAUUUGCCCUGGAUGUACAAUUCAAUUGGAAGCAACAGUUGAAUUUUUAAAUCUAAUUAUAAAUGGUCAAAAAAUUUUGCGUGAACUUUACCAACGAGAGAAGGAAUACAAAAAGACUGUUCUUAAUAAUUCCAAUAAAGGAACUCCGGAAGUUAUAUCAGAAAAAAUCAUUUACGAAAUAAAUACAAGCAAUGGGGUGUAUCAAGUUGAGCAUCCAAUAUCACUGCAGGUCAGCGGGCUUGAUAAACCAAAGAGAAAAAGAGGCCGUCCACCAAAGAAACAGAAGACUGCCGAGGAGAUCGCCCAGGAAACUCCCAAAACAGUAGAAAUCGAGGAUAAGACGGAGAAAGAUGAUGACGAACGUUCAGGGAAGAGGAGGAGAAAAACACCUACCAGGUUCAAGGAAGCUGUUCAGGGCAAGGAGCUGGAAAGAAUAUUCAUUGAAGAAGGUGUCAUAGAUGGCAAUGAGAGCGACCACAACACAAAGGCUGAUACAACACAGGAAAAUAAAUUACCGGUGAACAAGGAACCACAGGUUAUAGGGCAUUUGGAGGCGUCCGGAGAGCUUGUUGUGGUGGUGAAGGGCAAGGGAAGGGGUAGACCUAAAGGUCGCACGCGUCAAACUCGCGAGGAAUGCGCUAUAUGUGGGCUGGAGUUUGCUGCGACGGGUCGCUACAUGUCCCACAUCGCUCAGCACGGACCUGUUCUUUACAAGUGUGACUGCGGUCAAACAUUCACCACUAAGCUACUGUUCUCCGAACAUCAGAACACAAGCGGUCACAGCGGGCGGACCGUGGUGCCCUGUAGAAACGAAGUCGAGUCUCAGAAAGAGUCCGAAAAGAAUGAAACGCCUUUGAUCGAAUUGAUACCCGAGGCUGUAGAGGAUGUUGUCAAAGGAGAUAUACAAAUACCUCAAGCAUUACCUGAUUUGAGUGAUCUCGACCCGCUGAAGUGUGAUGACCAUGUCAAGACUGAGAUGGUGAAAAACGAACAAGAGAGAGAGGAGAAUGACCCUCUGCAAGAUGAAUGCGAGACAGCUGACGGAACUCGUGAGGAAGUACAGGACAGCAAGAAGGAGAAGGUCAAGAUAAAGUGCAACCACUGCGAUAAACUGUUCGGCACCCGGCAGAGCAAGUCGCUGCACAUAAAGGCGGUACAUCUCGGCGAGAAGUCGUACGUGUGCCCGGAGUGCGGCGCGCGGUUUGCGUACCCCCGCUCGCUGGCCGUACACCGACAAGCUCACCGCAGGGCGAGGCCUUCCGCGGGCUACGCCUGCGAUCUCUGCGGGAAGGUGUUGAACCACCCGUCGUCGGUGGUGUAUCACAAGCAGGCGGAGCACGCGGACCAGCGCUACGUGUGCGGCGCGUGCGGCAAACAGUUCCGACACAAGCAACUGCUGCAACGACACCAGCUGGUACACUCGCAGGCCAGGCCCUUCUCGUGUAAGGUGUGUAACGCCACGUUCAAGACGAAAGCGAAUCUCCUCAACCACCAGCUGCUGCACUCCGGCGUUAAGAAAUUCUCGUGCGAAAUUUGCAAACAUAAAUUCGCACACAAGACCAGCCUCACGCUGCACAUGAGAUGGCACACAGGGGUUAAACCGUUUACUUGUGGCGUGUGCGGUAAGAGCUUCAGUCAGAAAGGGAACCUCUCGGAACACGAACGCAUCCACACUGGAGAGAAGCCGUAUCAGUGUGCGCUGUGUCCUCGAAGAUUCACAACCUCGUCCCAGCACCGCCUGCACGCCAGGAGACACGCCGAACGAACACACUGCUGUGGGAAAUGCGGGAAACGCAUGUCGUCCCGCAGCGUGUGGGCGGCGCACGUCCGGCGCGAUGACUGCACGACGCGGCGGUUGGCGCGACAAAAGGUCACAAAACAAAUAAGUUUAUUGGUAAACGACAAGAACCAUCAGCCGGUGCAGCUGGAAGAUCCCAAGCUGUCCGACGACAACACCGAGGAGAGGGUCAUAUACGUGGCCUACGACACAGAAGACUCCGAGUCCACCGCCUUCCAUAUAUUAGACCCAGAACAGGUGCAGACUGCUGAUAUAGAACAGAACAAAGUACUGACGACCUGCGAGCUUUAUACACGACCGUCGCUGCUGGUGUCGCAACAACUACAGCAGUUACAGCUGGAGACGGCCGAACAGCAGGUGGUGGAACACGAGCAGCUGGAAAUAGACGAACACCUGGAGCUGGAACACGAGGAACUCGGCCUGGACGACGAGCAAAUUAAGAUCGAAAACCAGAUGGAGAUUGAAGAAAUUGAGGAAAUAGAAACGAGUCCUGUAGUGGUCGGCGGGCAGAGCAUACCCGUGACGGACGAGCGCGGUAACCCACUACACUUCACCAUGGCUGACGGAACCAAGCUGGCUAUCACCUCCGUGGACGGCAAGUCGCUGCAGGUGAUAACACAAGACGGCCAGACGAUACCGGUGGAGAUCAACGGAUACGACAACCAAGACCAGGUGCCGCCGAGCCCCAACGCAGUGGUUCACCAGCUCCACCUGCAGAAGACUCCGCCGCCCGCUCCCGUCACUCACUACUUCACUAUCGUCUGACACGGGUUGACAUUCCUCUCUCUCUCAUCACCAGUCUCCAGGCUACCCGUACUGUGAUGCGCCUACCACAAGUGCGCCUCGUCACUACAUACGAACCGUUCUGAGGUUUUCGUUCACACAUCCUCACACACUCCAACUCUCCGUGUGUUGUCGCGAUGCCAACUUGUAUUUUGCUACUGUGAUUUGUGUAACAUAUUACCCCCUGUAUCCGAGGGGACGUUUUUCGUCAGAGUAACUUAUCGUUACGUUUAUUUCCUUGUGAAUGUUGGACUCGACUGAAUGUCACUAUGUUUUAGGUCCUCGCUAAGGGCGACACCUUCCCGCGCUCACUGUCAGCGCCGUUCAAUUAGAAUGUUUUAUUUUUAAUUAAAAAUCGUCAUAAUUUAUAAUUUUACCGACGGCUUGUGUUAUAGUUACUGUUGACUCACACGCUAAGUACAAUUAAGUAUUAUUGAUUAGUAUUUUAAUGGUAAUUCGGAUCUCGGGAUUUUGCAAUAACUCAUCCCCGUCCUCAUUUAAUUUUAUUAUUGAAAUUAUUCAUAUUGAUAUUGAUUGAAAAAAAAAAUUCUAUUGAAUCAUCCGCAGCUCAAAUUCCUAAUACAUAUAUAAGUGAAUAUUAAUUCUAAGACACACUAUUUAGCCGCCUUUCUCUCGGUACACCUGAUGUCUGCCGACCGUUAGUCGCUACCGCUCGCUGUGCGUUGGUUCGUUUUUAUUUAUGAUUAAUAUUAUUUCAGUUACUCGACGGCUCGAGUCUGUGAACAAUUUAUUGUUUUAAGAAUAAUGUGUUAAUGUGAUUAAAAAUUCAGUUUUA